UUUCGUCAUUAAUUAUUCAAAGCAGGGCUACCCUUCUUUCCUAGAAGGGCUACACUUCCAACUUCGUAUGACUCCCCAGACGCCAACGUGGGUGGAAUAAUUAAGAUGUAGAUUGCCUAUCAGCUAAUCUCAGCGCUGUCUGAUUAAUCCUGCGAGACAGCUGAUUUCACUGUUCAUAUUGCAUUCUAAAAAAAUUUUUAAACUUUGAUUAACAUCUCACAUCGAAACCGAUUGUUUUGCGCUCAGCAGACCAUUCCAAAAUGGUUUAUUACUUUGACAUAUCAAGAAAGGAGCCGAUCGAAGAUUAUUACGAUUUGGGACGUGAACUUGGAAGAGGCGCUACCUCCGUGGUAAGGUUGUGUACUCAAAAAGGGACUACAAAUGAGUACGCCGUGAAAAUUAUGGAGAAAAAUGUGGAUACAAAGUUGAUUCAAACAGAAAUUGGAAUACUCUUGCGGUUGAAACAUCCGAACAUUAUUCAGUUGAAAGAUCUAUUUGAGACAAACCAGCAUUUGUACAUUAUCUUGGAGCUUGUUAAAGGUGGAGAGCUGUUUGAGAGAGUAGUUGAACGAGGAUGUUACACGGAGAAAGAUGCAGCAGUUGCCCUCCAAGAAUUAUGCAAUGCUAUUGCUUAUCUACAUGAAAAUGAUGUUGUACACCGUGAUUUAAAGCCUGAGAAUCUCCUCUAUGCCACGGAAAGAGAUGAUUCGGCACUUAAGUUGGCAGAUUUUGGACUAUCAAAGAUGUUGGGCAAUAACGUGAUAAUGCAGACAGUGUGUGGUACUCCUGGAUACUGUGCACCGGAGGUUUUGAUAGGAAAAAAUUAUGGCCGUGAAGUUGACAUGUGGGCUGUUGGUGUUAUUGCGUAUAUAUUACUCUGCGGAUUUGAACCAUUUUAUGAUGACCGAGGGGACCAGGCUAUGUUUCAGAGGAUAAUAAAAUGCGAGUAUGAAUUCAUCGAGCCAUGGUGGGAUGAUGUAUCUCUAAGUGCAAGGGAUUUUGUGAAUAAGCUCAUUGUUUUGGACCCCCGAAAAAGAAUGACAGCAAAGCAAGCUCUCCAACAUCCAUGGGUUCAGGGUAAAGGUGCUAAAUUGGAUCACAUGCAAAAAACACAAGAUAAACUGAGGGAGUUCAAUGCUCGAAGGAAACUCAAAGCUGGGAUGUACGGUGUGAUGUUAGUACAAGAUAUGGCAAGAGCAGGAAGGAAAACGAGCACCAACAAAGAUGAUAAAUAGGAGAUUUUUGAAAGUCUUUUCCUUCAUUGUAAAACUAGAUGUCAACGGGGGCAAUUUUAAGACUAUAAUUGUAGGACUGUUAUUGAGUGAUUUUAGCAUAGUUUCACAAAAUUUCAUGUAAAGAAAUACAUAUGCUUCUUAACUAGUUAAGUAUCUUAACUAAAACAAAUUAAAUGUACCAAUUCUUGAUCAUAUAUAACUAAUAAAUCUGUAAAUUCAGAUA